AGCCGCAAUCGGUGAAUAAACUAUUUUUGUUUACAAAAUGAAUCCAUUAGACAAGAUACAAGCUUUAGAAGCUAUUGAGAAAGAAAUAAUACUUUGUAUGCAAAGUGCAGGGCAAGCACUGCAAGAGCUCGGUCGAGAAAAAUCAUCACAGAAGAGCGCGGAAACGCAGUCUCAGCAAUUCCUAAAGAGUUUGAACAUAGUCGAAACGAAACUCUCAGAACAAAUCAACUACCUGACGCAAGUGUCCACCGGACAGCCACAUGAAGGCUCUGGUUAUGCGUCAGCCAAAGUGCUUCAAAUGGCCUGGCAUCGCAUACAACACGCGCGCUCAAGAGUACGUGAACUGGAAGAGACCAAAGCGAAACACUCGCAUGCGGCUAGGCAGCAACAGAAGCGACAGGCAGAACAUGCUGCUGCACAACAACAACAAGCACAAGCUGCUGCGGCGGCAGCCCAACAACAACAACAGCAGCAACAGACCGCUGGUGGAGGAACUAAUACCGGAGAAGCCAGCUCUACAGCGGGUAAUGCGGCAGCAGGCGGUGCUCCCAUGGGUGGGGAUGGCGGUGGUGGUAUGUCCACCAAUUAAAAGCUUAGGUUGCAAAAUAAACAAACAUUUUUAUUUUAAGU